UGUUGGAGACUUGUCAGUUGUCACUGUCACUAUGUGACUAUUGCUUAACCAAAGGCUUAUUUAUCUAUUGUAACCUUAAAUAUAAUCGAAUGCAGAUUGAAUAAGCUUUGGAAUGAAACCGUGAUUAUAUUACAUUUUACCAAGUAAUAUACUAUGAAACAUAGUAUCCUUUAAAAUUUUAUUUACGUGAUGGCGACUAAAAAAGCAACGUCCUGGUUAACUGAGCGCGGUCGCAAGUUUUCAUUUUUUGUACUCACCGGCUCAGGAAUUGGUCUUAUGGCAGCAAGAUUUGUUCCAAAUACUUUACUUAUAUCGAAAUACAAAGAUUUCGUACAAUAUUACAGUAAUGGAAAGCCGGUAGAAUUACCAGAGAAAAUUAAUCAACUUCAUCAGAAAUGUUUGGAUGUUCUUAAUAUAUCAAAUGUUCAUAGAAAACUGAUCUCACCAUUCAGUGUAUAUGGCUACGAUUUAUUUCAUGCUGGUUGCUCCAGUUCUAAAUUUGGCAUGCUAGUGGGUAUUCCAGUGAAUUUCUCAUACAAAACAGAAGAAGAUGUGAAGAAAGAUAAUAUACAGGUAAACCAAAGAUCAGUUGACUGGACUUCGAAUAAUAAAGUAAUAUACGAAUCGACUUAUCCGUUCGCGUGUAUAUUCCUCGCCUAUAAUCUCGCAACGUAUUUAAAUAGAAGGCUUAAUUUGUAUAGAGCCCCUGUAGCAACGAGGGUGUUGUACUCGUUAAUCGGUAUGUUUAGUACAGGUUUAUAUUUUCUUAUGAAGGAUAUGACAGAAGUACAUUAUGAAACAGAAACUGAUAAGAAACUUUGCGAAUUAGGGCGAGAUUAUAUUGAAAGCGGGGUAAUAUUUUACGAUAAAUUACUACAAAGAAAUCAAGCACUGAGGGUUUUGAUGGGAAAUGAAGGGCAAAAGAAGUACAGUGCGCAUGGUAACGAGAAUUUUGGCCUCCGACAACCACGAGUAGCGCUCGUGCACAGAAAACAAUAUUUCGAAGAGAGAUUGAAAGAAAUUACGCAAGAAGAGUCUUCAGACGAUGCUAUAACGGAACAGGAAAUCUGAAAUUUAAAAUGGAAAGGUAUGACAAAAUUUGCUAACCCGACUCUAAGGCGUUUCGAAAUAAACCGGGCGGAGAAGCCGCGAUGCUUCGCAAGCCCAUAAGACUUGCCACAACACAAACGACGCUAAAGUAAAAGAGGAGUGACUUCACGUUGCCGUUAAGUACUGCGCGCGUGUUUUUUUAUGGAUGGAUAAAGGCACCCUUAAUACCAGCCUUUUGGAGUAUUCCGUCUCUUACCAGCCAAAUUGAUUAUCUGUGCAUAAUUAUUAUUUGCUUGACGAAAAGACGAAUUCAUAAUAAAUACUAGCAGUAAUUUAAAUGUAAGAGUGCAUUUUUUUAAGUAAUCCAAUAUACAGGGUCAUUUUGACAUCGCGUUAUUCUGGGUAUUCGCUUCAAUAAAGCCUUAAAGUCAAUGCAUUCAAUGAAAAUUAUAAUAUUUAUUUAAUUUAUGUUAGCAAAAUAAUAACUCCUAUGUAGAAUAGCUGAUUAAAGGAAUCAAUUGAAAA